AUGAGUCCUAUACCAGCAUUUUUCAAGCUCGACCAGAUUCGGACGUAUAAGCCCCAGCAGAUAAUGGGAAGCCUUUUCACCUUGAGCUGCUUAUACCUACGUUGCGAGGCCGGUCUCGGACCAACUUGUCAUGCGAGCACUUGCAUCUCGGAGAAGCUCAUAAACCACGGACUUACGAGAAACGCAGGGCUUACCUUCCGAAGUCCAUCAAUGCUGACAUGGACGCCACAGCGGAACAGCGGAAGUAGUGGCAUGACUUGCAGCCCUCAAGGUUUCAAGAGUUUAGAAACACUGUGUAUUUUGAAUGACUUCAAUUGUGUCACAAUGGACCUUUCAAGGAACAAAGUCGCAGUGAUCGGACUCGGUGCCUUUGGUAUCGUGGCUCUGAAGAAUCUUGCCGAAGAGGGUUUCGAAGUGACCGGAUUUGAGCGCAACCCCUAUGUUGGUGGUCUUUGGAAGUUUACUCGAGAGGACAAGACUUCUGUGUUGCCCACAACUGUCGUUAAUAUUUCAAAAGAAAGAGGGUGUUUCACAGACUUCCCGUUUCCUGAUGCGACGACCAGUCAACCUUCGGCCGAAGAGGUGGCGCAGUAUCUGGAGGACUAUGUCGAUCACUUCAAGUUGCGAUCAAUGAUGCGUCUCAACACAAUUGUCACUCAUGUAUCGCAUGAUGAUACUCUCAAAAAAUGGAUUAUUGAAAUUUCUGAUUCGCCCAAAGAAAUGUUCGACAGAGUCAUCAUCGCGACAGGAAUGAACCAAACACCGAACUAUCCGAAUGUCAAAGGGAUUGAGCAGUUCAAGGGCGAAACGCUCCACUCCAAAUCUUACAAAAGCCCAGAGAACUUCGCAGGGAAGAAAGUGUUGGUCUUCGGCUUGGGAAACACCGGCGCUGACACUGCAACAUCACUUGUGGGCCAUGCAAGCGAGAUCUAUGUUUCUCAUCGAGAAGGCGCUCUCAUCCUUCCUCGAACCAACAAAGGCCGUCCGAUCGACCACACACUUAAUAUUCGCUUGAUCACUUUCCAAAGGCUCCUCGAGCGGUUCUUCCCUAAUCUAUCUGAACGCCUUUUCAAUGGAUUUGUUAAAAAGCUGCAGGAUUCUGCAUUCAAUAUCCGUCCUGAGUGGAAUCUCUCACCAGCACCUUCGAUCAAAACUAGCACCCCAGUCGUCUCAGACGAGAUCGUCCCAGCGCUUGAGAGUGGCAAAGUCCACUCUGUCCUAGGUGUCAGCUGCGUAACCGGGCCGAAUGAAGUUGAGUUGAUUGAUGGAAGGACUUUGAAUGUAGAUGCUAUCAUCUACUGCACUGGAUACAAACCCAACUUUAGUCUGUUGGAUCACGAAGCUGAUCCAACGGCUGUUACCACCCCGAAGUGGACUGCGUCCCAGGGGUCUAGGGGCAAACCGCUGCCUCGUCUAUAUCAGAAUGUUCUGUCUCUCAAGUACCCGGACUCACUCGCAUUCAUGGGGUGCGUGGCAUUUGCAACGGGGGCAUUCGUUCUAUAUGACCUGGCAUCCAUGGCUGUCGUGCAAAUCUGGAAGGGGAAUUCGGAUCUUCCACCUCAGCACGAGAUGGAGCGGGCGGUUGACGAGCACCAUGAUUGGCUGUGUAACCUUGCAAAGAAAAGUAAUGUUCACCCACAGCUUGUCAAUGGCCAUUCUUGGUCAGCAUGGGCGGACAAGAUGGCUGGAACUGGGGUUGACGAAUAUUUGGGGUGGGGUUGGAAGGGAUGGCGUUACUGGCUCAAGGAUCGAUCUUUCUGCAACCUUCUCAUGGGUGGUAUCUACAGUCCACAUAUCUACCGCUACUUCAAGGGCAAGCGAAGUCGGUGGGAUCGAGCGAGGGAAGAGAUUGAGAAGUCUGGCCUAUCAAGAAGCUGCUUCAGCACGAGGUGCAGUAACUCUUGGUGCAAGUCGGGUCACAGCCAGGACACGCAGAGCGACCGCUUCGCCACUCCAGUAUGCGGCAGUGGCAGUACCGAAUGCAACUGCUUUAUGGGUUCCAUGGAAGGUUUAUCACCUCUAAUGCCGAUAUGUUUGGUAGACUAA